CACAUAUAUUAUUUUAUGAAUAUUCAAGGAAAAUAUAUAAAGUAGGUUAUAUUCAGCGAACAAAUAUAUAGCAGGUUACACACAAGAAUUGUGCAGAUAAAACGAAAUCUAGGCCCAUUUUCUCAUUUGUGGCCUUCUUGUAAGCUCAUACUUGGCUAGCCCAGUCCACGAAACAAUAAGACUCAGGCUCGAAUGAAACAGAAAAACGGACCCCGCGAAUAUUCUAACGGGCUCAACGCGUGGCCCCCCGUUUAGUUAACGAAUGGCUGAACAAUCCGCACACGUCACCGUCAAACCUCCCCGUACAAAUUCCUUUUACCGUCCCACACGGAGCAAGGACUAAAACGAGGACCCUUUCUAAUCUAUCGUCGCCGUUCUCUCUCAAAUUCCCACUUGCCCCCAUUACCCCCGCCGCCGUCACAAAAUGGACGAAUCGCCGCCGGCCAGCACGGUACCACUGAUUCUCAACAUCGUCACCUCUAUGUUCAUCUACGCCGACAGAUCCCUCCUCCAAUUGGCCGACAAGUACAAGCUCCUCGAGCUGCUCCGGUACGUCGUCGUGACUUCCUUCCUCUUCCUCCUCCGCUUGAUUCCCUCGAUGUUUCCUUCUCUCGAUUCGUUCGUCCCUUUCUCCGAAGCUCGCCCGCUCAAAGCCUCGCCGAAGAAGGAGAUUUCGAAUUACCACCAGCCUUGCCUACCUUCCUCCGCCGCCGCCGCAGCCGGUUGCGAUUCGAGCAUCGCUCGGGCGCUGUCGCAGCUGCUGGCUAUCGCGAACGAGAUCCCGGUGAGCUCGCGUAAGUACGAGAUAGUCCGGUCCCUGGCGGAGAAGAUGAUCGACGACAAUCAUCGAGAGAACGUCGAAGCCCUCCACGAGAUCAAUCGCACGGUUCUAUCGGCGGCGUUUUCGAGGUCGCUCGCACAGCUCGGAGCCGCCAUGGGUGAAUUAGGGUUGGAUAGUAGGAGCGGAAACGGCGGAGCCGGCCAGGCUGUCAUGUACAAAUUGAACCGGGCGCUGAAAGCGGUUCGUUCGGUCGGGGAUGGGAGCUGGGGUCGUACCGGUUACGCCAACCGGUCCAAUUUCUCUGCCGAGAAACUAGCUGCCGAGCUCCUCUGGCUAGCUCAGAAGCUGGCGGCUUGUGGGUGCGUGGAGGAGGCCGUUUGGAGGUGGGCAAUGGCUUCCAAGGUCGCUUGGCUGGCCCUUUCGGCCGAGCCACGACUGCAGGGCUCGUUGGUCAAAGUCUCAGCAUUCCUGAUCAAGCACGCGAAAGACUUGGGGCUGUACGAGAUCGAGGAGAGCAAGAAGGUGCAGUGGCGUCGUACGAAGCUGGAGAUGCUGUCCUCGUGGCUGCCGCUGUUGUGCAGAGCCACCACAGCCGGGGUGGAUGUUCCUGUACUCAGUACUGGGGAGCGUGCCGAUUUGGAGAAGGUGAUGGAAGAGAUGCUGGAGAUGCUGGAGCAGGAGGAGAAGGAAGCAGUGUUGUUUCUCUGGCUGCAGCAUUUCUCGUAUGCGCCGUCUUCGGAUUGGCCUAACCUCCAUGACUCAUACUCGAGAUGGUGCAAUGCUUCUCGUCGGCUCUUGGUCCUUCAGUGAUAAAGGAAUUGCAGACUGCGGUAUUAUUGUUUACGACAUUGUUAUAGCUUCACUACUUGUACAGUAGUAAUAAUUAUAUAGAUACCACAUAUAUUUAUAUAUCAAUAGGUCGCCAGAAUUGCGUUGCUAUGAAUAUUUCUGUCAUCGAUCAAGGUACAUUCUGGAUACGUGCAGAGGUGCAAUGAUAUAGAAUAAAGUUCAAUUUCUGAAAGUGGGACAAUGAACAUAUAUGCCUGAGAUUAGGAUUAGUAAACCAACCUCAACAGUAUAGGUAAGACAAUCCUAUCUUAAGGGACGGGGUAUUUGCAACAUACGUUCGACGCUAUCCUAGUUCUUGAAUGGUCGAUAAAUUUAUGGAGCGAGUGAUUCGGAUUAUAUAUCAACUCUAGUUCUUGAAUGGUCGAUAAAUUUAUGGAGCGAGUGAUUCGGAUUAUAUAUCAACGGAAUAUUUUAUACCCUACCCUGAAUUCGGAUGGCUUCAUCAUUUGGUUCUGUUGCUUUCCUUUGACAAAGAAUCAAGACUUGAGAUCUGGUUUUACACCAUCGUAACAAUGAACACGAUUCCCUGCAGAAUGCUUGUGAUUGUAGUGAUUAGUGAGGACGUGUGAUCUAGUAGAGUACAAUUGGCGUGACAAAGGUCUAAGCAUCUGAGGACGUAUGCACAUGAGGGCACGAAGAUUUCAAACAGAGUUAAGGACAACAAAGCAUCACAAGCACAAAGUAACACAAAAGCUGCAUGCUACCGCCCUUCGGCAACUAAUCCGAUCGUCAUCGCCGACGAAUCAAAUUGUUUCUGGCCUAUGAAAAGAUGAUUGACCAUUUUACUUGAAUCAAAAUGUAACCGACAUGUGUCGUAAUUGUUCAGAUAAAUAGACAUUUUCUUUCUAUUGGACAGUUGAUCUGAUACGAACUACAUGUGACUAGUGGAAAAGGAAUAUAAUACAUAUUUUUUAUCGAUUUUGCUGCUUAUUAAAAAGUUGUACUAAGAUUCGUUUGGAUGGAGUAUUUGUAUGAGUAAUUUGGGUUCAACUUAGUACUCAUAUCCCUUUUCCACUAGUCACAUGUUCGUAUCAGAUAACUCAUACAAAUACUCCAUCCAAACGCCCCCUUAGUACAACUUUUUCAUAAGCCUGUAAAAUCGAUAAAAAUAUGUACUCAUAUCCCUUUUCCACUAUGCAUAUGUUCGUAUCAGAUCAACUGUCCAAUAGAAAGAAAUGAGUUAUUUGAACACAAAUAACUCGUUUGACAGCGUUUUACUGAAAUGAGUUAUUUGGCCAGUGAGUUAUUUACAAAUAACUCAAAACGAGUUAUUUGAAAUAACUUAUACCCAUGUGUUAUUUUGAAAUAACUCGUUUUAUCACUCUGCUUUUACCAAAUACAACAUUUGCAUGGUUCAACCAAAUGAGAUACUUUAUUUCAAUUACCACUGAAAUACCACAUGAACAAUAAAUGAAUUAUUUGACUCUACAAAUACCACAUUGACAAUUAACCCAUCCAAACGACCCCUAAAGCAGUAAAAACCAGUCUUGUCCAUUCAUGCGAUUAAAAUAGGCCAAAUUCACUUGCAUAGCCAAAACUUUGACGGUUGUGACAAAUAUAGCCAAUUUUGGAGAAAUACCAGAAAUAGCCAGAAUUUUGAAAGUUCGAUGACAAAUAUAGUCAUUUCCGUUACAUAGUUUGACGGCGUCAAUGACACCGUUAGUCUAAUUAACGGACAGUUGAUGUGGCUGCCACCUCACCGUGUCUUUCCUUCCCACCUCAGCAUCCAUUGACAGGUGGGAUGCCACGUCAUUUUUAAUGGGUAAAAAAAAUUACCAUAAAAA